AUGUCGGAGAUAGUACUCCGGUCCGCCGGUGAAAGGCUUAAGAAUUUAUUGUCAGAAGAAACGGCACGAUUGGAUGAGUCUGUUAAGGAAGAUUUAAAAUUCAUACUCUCAGAGCUACGCUCGAGGUAUACUUGUUUGAAAGAAAAAAACAGAGUAAAUGAAAUUGAAAACAGAGUGAGGAUAAUUGAAGAACUCAGUUAUCAAAUCGAAGACAAGAUCGAAUUCGAAUCUUCAAAAACAUGGAGAUCUCUUAGUUCCAGUAUCCAGAAGAUCAAAUCAAAGAUGGAGACUAUCCUCAAACAAAUUGACAACAUUGAAGUAAACACCUCCCUUUCUCUUCCAAAACAAAUCACCGACAUAAUUGGUCUCGAAAAAGAUAUUAAGCAAGUAUCCAAAUCACUGUUAUCUAACUAUUCAUCUUUUUCGUCCUCGUCCUCAUCCUCAUCCUCCAAUAUUGGAGUACCAGUUAUUCCAAUAUACGGAGUUGUUGGCUCAGGCAAAACUACACUUGCUAGAUCAGUACAUAACAAUUCCGUCAUUGUUGAAAGGUUUGAUAUUCGGAUAUGGAUUAAAGUUCCUCGCAACGACUUUGAAGUUGGAGACAUACUUGAGAAAAUACUGGAGUCAGGUAAUCAUCAAUGGAUGCGGUACAGCAGCACAGAAAAACAAUUGCACGAACGUGUUCAGAACAUGUUUACUAAGAGGAGCUUAUUUGUAUUUGAUGAUGUACGAUCCAUACAAGCUUGGGAAACUCUUUAUAGAGCAUUACCAAAGUUACACUCGGGUAGUUACGUACUUGUAACUACCCGGGUUCGAUAUGUAGCGGAAUACAUAUCAAAAAAACAGAGUCAAUCUAUGCAUAACAUGACGCCCUUGAACAUGGGUGAUAGUUGGGCUUUGUUCAACAAGGUGAUAUCUCACAGGGCUUCAUCAGAUCGAGAAAUGAUGAUAACGGAAAUGGUUAGAUGUUGUAAUGGCUUACCAGGGAUGAUCAAGUAUCUUGCAUUGUACCUGCGAUCUAAAAAAAGUGAUGAGGAGUGGGAGAUGGUGCAACAAAAUACCCAAGCAUUUAUCUCUGAAUUCUGUUGUCGAGUUUAUAAAAAGUUACCAGACUACUUGCAACCAUGCUUUAUUUACUUGGGUCAUUUCCUCGAAAAUCAAUUGAUAGAUCCCGAAAAGUUGUCCCAUUUGUUGAUGAUGGAAGGGUUAUUAUCGACAAGACAAAGUGUUAAAGGGGAGAGCAUGAUGGACAUGACUGAGAGAUAUCUGAAAGAACUAGCACGUAUGGGCGUGGUAGAGAUGCAACCAGAGGAAGUUCGAGCUACCAAGAAAUUAUUCAAGACUUGUCGCUUUGUUCAAGGUAUGGAAACUUUUUGUGUCUCAAAUUGUGAAGAAAAAUGUUUUCUCAAAAUCAUUGAUUUAAGACGAGAGGACUGUUGUUCACUCUUAUCGAGUGAUGGACCACGUCGACUUGUGAUAUAUCUAGGUAAGCACAGAGUUGAUAUUCCUCGUAAAGUUUCUAAAACUAUUCGGAGUCUUAGAGUGGUUCUUCUUAGAAACCAGCAUGAAUUGGUCGGCCCAGCUAAAGUGCUAAACCUUAAGGAGUUUGGAGUGCUCAGAGUUCUUGAUUUUGAUGGGAUUGAUUUUCAAAGACUGGAACUACUGACGGGUAUUUCCAAUCUCAAGUUCUUGAGGUAUCUGAGCUUCAAAGGGUGUAUCCUCAACGAGUUGCCAUCAUCUAUUAGCAAGUUUUCCUACUUGCGAGUAUUUGAUUUGAGAGUAGAAGGAGUAUACGAGAUAAAAAUCCCAAAUGUUCUAUGGAAGUUGAGGAGGCUGAAACAUUUAUACCUUCCGCUAAAAUUUGUAACUCAAAAUGGUAAAAACCUCCAACUCAAUAACUUGACACAACUUGAAACCUUGGUGAACUUCAACACAAGCUUGUGCAGAGCUAAUGAUGUCUCCACACUUUGUAAACUCCGUUACUUGGAAGCAAAGGUUGAAAAUAAUUUCCCGGACUUCAAAUCAAUCACCAGUUACAUGAGAACUAGUACUUCAAACGAAUGUCAGCUACAUUGCUCCAUUGACAUCAUAGAUUUGGAUUGCUGUGCAAACGAAUAUAGUACUGUUCUAAAAGAAUUCUUAAGUUGUGAAGUACUCCGAACCUUGCAAUUCAAAGGAUUUAUUGGACUCCUAUCACCGUCUCCUAAAAUCUCCCCGAAUCUCACUCACUUACUUCUUCAUAAGUCUUGUCUUAAACAAGACUCCAUGCCAAUCUUGGAGAAGCUUCCUAGUUUAGGGAUUCUUGUCCUCACUGAUAAUGCCUAUGUGGGGGAGGAAAUGGUCUGUUCAGCUUCAGGUUUCCCUCAGCUCAAAUGCUUACGACUCCUCAAUUUGUCCGAGCUGCAGAAAAUCCAGGUGGGAAAUACAGCCAUGCCUAUACUUUCCAACAGAGAAAUCAACAACUGCCCGAAACUUUAUAUCAACAGCAUUCCAACGCUUCCACGUACUACUGCUUGAAAGAAAAAAAAAAGAUCCUGAUCAGCUACUUUGUGUCAUGAUACCUCAAACAAUGUUUUCUAGUCCUAUUGUAACUUCUUGUAAUGUUGCUUCUUUUUCAUCAUAUGAAUGUUAUGUUGCUUGAGACAAAAUGAUUUA